GCCUGACGCGCGAAACCACUGUUAAAGCCCUUUUAGAUGCGAAUAUUACAUAUGAUUCAAUUCAACAAGUGUUUGUUGCGGUGAAAGUACUUAUGGUCAACGAUGAUCAUAUUGACCCACACGGUACUACUGUUAAAUUAAUAUCAGAAACUUUUGUGGAAUUACUUCGUUACCCAUUGCAGCAAAAUUUUGGUAAUGCUGGAUUAGAAUAUUGCGAGAAAUAUGGUGCUUCGGCAGAAAGAUUGUCGAUGGCAACAGAUUCUUCAUUAUACGACAUGACUCGCCGUGCUGCUAAAGAUAUUUUUGAGAACCCCAGAAUUACUGCAGAUGUUCAAGCCACAAUAUUAAUUUUUCUGGCUUAUAACUUACGAUGCAUUGGUCUUUGUAAAUCGGGAGAGGCUCAUAAAUUAAUCGAUACAAGUGAUGUUGCAUAUGGACAUCAUCCACUUGUAGCAACUAGAUUUGCUCAAUGUGCUGGAUUGACUAGGUUUGGUUUGGCAACUGAGUGGUUUGGUUCCGAAUUUACGUUAUGCACUUCAACACAAUAUUGGACUGGAGGGGCAGUCGUUGUUACGCGUUAUAAAUGUCCUAAUUUUUCAACGAUUGGAAAAUUUACUGCUGUUGAAGAAGGGGGCAUCAGUGAAUAA